GAGAUCAGUUUGUAAAUCGUUUCUACAACCGCUCAAAGUUACUUCGUUACGCUUGUCUUUCUUCCUUAUUUUUUUACGCCAUAUGCUAAUCCGUAGUAAACCAGUACCUGACGUGAAAUUGAAAGUCAAGCUCGCAUUGGUUAGUAAAUCAGAAGAGAAGUCUAUUUGAAUGAGAGAAAUCUCGUUGAAUUUACCAUUUAGGACGGCUAGUGAUAGAUACGAGAGCUGUGUCCAGCAUGCAAUUUGUCAUGGAGAGAACCUUGAGUCGAGUAGGUAGGAUGAUUAUCCACUUUGGAUAAAACGCAUAGCGAUGGUCCUCUUAAAGAAUUUCGGGUGCUACGCGAGAAUUUGUUGAGUUAUGUGAAAGGCAGAGGUCGUGUCAAGCUUUGAAUCAGAGUUGUGACACAAUCCUCCAUGCCAGUUUCCCAACACCUCGAAUAUGUCAGGAUGAAUUGUCUCCGAGGUCACAAUAAUGCGUACAAUUUAUGGAAAUUAUUUUAAUAAAUCACGACGAAUCGCUUCGCUGCACCGCUUCACCUGCUCGUUUUCCAAACCAACAACGUAGAGAAAGGAGUGAUGGAUGCCGUAAUAGAUACUUUUGCUUGUACCAGGAGUCAAGCUUGUUUUCUAAUAACAGUUAUUCCUUUCAGUUAACAUUCGUAUGUAGUAUUUUAACAAUCAUCGGGGCACAUUAUCCAAUAAUUUUUGGACUUUCUUCGCCACGAACUAUGAAGCGGAAUGUCAGCUUAUUCAAGGCAAUAUUGUACCAGGCACAAUUAUUCGACUAUCGUACAUUUUGAUGACUCAAAUUCGAGCCCAAGCGUCAAUCCUCGAUUAAAAUCCGCGAGGGAGUUUGAAGACAGUUUUACACGCUGAUGAUUUCGGCGAUGGAAACUGGAACGAAAAACAACAUGGAACGCCGGUAGGUGUAUCAUUAUUUUCUGUCACUCAAGGAACCUGUAGACGAUGUUGAAGAGUCGUAAUAAAAUGUUUUGAAAUUGAGCUUGAAACGUGAGAAUUAAACAUGUGACACAAAGAGACCUGGAACUAUAGCCUCGAGCGUAAAACAAUAGUGAAUUUGUACAACGCAAACAUUAUGUGGCGAUUGUAAUGUGAGAGAGGAGUGAAAACAAUUCAGUGCAGUCGACGUCGAGGGAAAUUAACAAGCAGUGAAUGGUGGACGCAGAGUUUCUGGGCCCGUGGGGCCGGUUCGUGCUGAUUGGGGCUGGCGCAGCGGCUGUUUUGGUCUUCCUCCUGAUAAUCGCAUGCUUCCUUACGCCCGGAUGUAUCGGGUACGAGUGCGUACGUAAGCGCCGAAAACACGAGACGAAUACUCCGUUGAGGUGCAACGGACCCCCGAACGAAAACGUCAAGCUCGCCGACGUAAGCUACAGGUCCUGGAGGCUGGGAAGUUUAUACGACAAUGGAAGCAUUUGCGAAAACGUCGAGUCCCAGGGAAGGGAUUCUCCGAAUUCAAUCAACGGUACCUUCGAGAGCAUCGAGACCGCUUCCACUCUGAGUUUGAUCAACGUCGAAAAGCAGCCGAAGGAUGACCCGCUCAAGGAUUUUCCAACGGAGUUGACAAUGAGCUUGCAAUACUUGCCGGCGAGUGCGGAAAACGUAACGGGGAAGCUCGUAAUCGGCAUCGAGGCGGUAUCGAACUUACCUCAGAAGCAGUACAACUGCACCCUAGAGCCGUAUGUGGCGGUGAACAUUGUAAAGCAGUCCUGGUCCAACCGGAAUCCGGAAAAACUGCACAGCUUUAGGACGAGGGGGGUUCGGCACACGGCCAGCCCAAUUUACAGAGAAACUUUCGUCGUUGCGGAUGUCAAGCCCCAAGAAGUCAAGGAAUGGGCUGUUGACGUCACGGCAUACGAUCACGACAGGUACGCCAAUCACACGGAGUUAUGCACGCUCAGAGUUCCUUUGAAAGAAGUGAAGAAGUUAUUGACCAGCCCGGAAAUUCAUUUGCUUAAUUACAAAAUGAAGCGGUCGAGCAAGGAAUUCGGUAACAUCUUGCUGGGAAUAAGUUACCUGCCAACUGCGCAGAGAUUAACGAUUAACGUUGCGAGGCUCGCUAACGUUAAAUUCGCACCAACCGUACCGACGUUAAAUGAUUUCAAUCCGUACGUACGGAUAUUAAUGCUUAAUGGAAAGACGGGGCGGAAGAUGAAAAAGAAGAAGACGAAAUUCUUGCGAGCAGCUGCUCAGCCCGAAUUCAAUGAAACGUUAACGUUCGACUUGACCUUUGCUCAGCUCGAAACUAUUCAAUUUCUCGUUGCUGUUUGGAGCAAGAAUAUAAUCGCAGAGGAAAACAGCAGCGGGCAGCACAGCGACAGCGAAGAAUCGAUAAAUUCCUAUAAAAAAUCCAAAGACGUUUGCAUAGGAAAAGUAGCCAUAGGAAAGGGGGCGAGAGGUGCAACGGAGAAGGCCCACUGGUUUGCCGUUUUACAAAACCCAAGAAAAAUUGUCACGGUUUGGCACACGCUAAAGUAGAAUGUAUAAUCUGUAAAUAAUGUUAAAAUAAAUUGUAAAAAUGGAA